AUGGGAAAAAUCAGUGGGCUCGAAUAUCUUCCUUGUUGGUUCGGAAAACUCCCAAACAAUGCAAAGCGCGAUGCCGAGUGGUCAAAAGAGGAGGACGAGAAGCUACUUCAUCUUGCCAAGUUGAUGCCAACUCAAUGGCGCACAAUAGCACCGAUCGUUGGCCGAACAGCGAAUCAAUGUCUGGAGCGCUACCAACGUUUGUUAGAUGAAGCUGAGCAACGAGAGGCGGCCGAAGGGGAUGAUGAUCUAGGACUGACUGGGACCGGGGCCGAGGCUGGCCCGAGUGCUGAUGAUGUCCGAAGGCUACGGCCUGGUGAAGUGGAUCCUGAUCCGGAGGCUAAACCAGCAAGACCUGAUCCGAUCGAUAUGGACGAAGAUGAAAAGGAGAUGUUAUCUGAGGCACGUGCUAGGCUGGCGAAUACCCAAGGUAAAAAGGCGAAGCGGAAGGCACGUGAGCGACAAUUGGAAGAAGCUAGGCGAUUGGCCAUGCUGCAAAAGAAACGUGAACUGAAAGCUGCUGGGAUUGUAAUGCGAAUGAGACCCAAGAAAGAUGGGAUGGAUUACAAUGCUGAUAUUCCAUUCGAAAAACAACCUGCACCCGGAUUUUAUGACACGACGCAAGAGAAGAACAAGUUUACUGCUGCGCCGGUUGGGAAGAACCUUCGACAGCUCGACUCGCACAAGCGUACCCGUGCGGAGGACGAGGAAGAGCGACGAAAACGAGCAAGAAAGGCCAAGGAGAUGGCAGCUGAUAAAGAUGCCUCUGCUCAUUUUGUACCCGCCAAGGAUAAUCUGAUCCAGCGCCAAAAGGAAGAAGCCAAUAUUCUCAAACGACGCGCGUUGGUUUUACCUGAACCUCAAGUUGGAGACUCCGAGCUUGAAGAUAUUGUCAAGAUCGGCCAGGCUGGUGAAACAGCUAAAAGCUUGGUGGAAGACGGUGGCGAAGGCGCCAGCCAAGGCUUACUGGGAGAGUAUUCGACCCUUCAACAUGCUCAAACCGCCCGGACACCACGCACUCCGGCUCAAGCCGACAAUAUCAUGGCUGAAGCCAGAAACCUUCGCAACAUGACGAUGGCUCAAACUCCCUUACUCGGUGAAGCAAACACUCCAUUGCAUGAGCUGGUAGGGCGGGGCACAGGUUUUGAUGGUGCCACACCUUCGCGAGUUGUUACUGCAACUCCAAACCCACUCGCGACGCCUUUGCACAAAAAUGGUCGCGAUCCCAGCGCUACACCUGGUGGCGAUAGCGUCAGUGUUGAUGGCACACCCAUGAGGACUCCCACGACCCGUAAUACCCUCAAUAUCACCGCAGGUGAUGAUCGAUCGAUUGUGGGCGACACACCCCGCGCCCGUAAUAUGGACGUCAAACAACAAUUGAGACAAGGAUUCAUGGCGCUCCCGAAGCCGAAGAACGAUUACGAACUUGUCCUACCCGAAGAGGAGCAAGAGCGCAUCGCGGAACUGGUGGAUGAAGCGGGAUCAAUGAUCGAAGAUGCGGCUGAUCGUAAGGCGAAAAUGCAAGCAGUCCAGGCUGCCGAAGAACAGAAAGCGCUUGCGAGACGGUCCCAGGCCAUUCAACGGGGCCUUCCACGACCGGUCGAGUUGAAUGAAGAACGCCUGAGGAGGAGUUUGGAUCAAGGCUCAAGUAAACCAGAAGACGAUCUCGAGCGUCAGAUAAUGGACGAAAUGAUACAGCUGUUAUCACACGAUGCAGUGGUCUAUCCAAUCGCAGGUGGGAAGAUACCUGGAGGGGGACGAUCUGAUUUAGCCCCGAUAGAAGAUGAGGCGAUUGCCAAAGCCAAAGAGAUGGUACAUUUGGAGAUGGCCAACAGCUGCGGUUUCCCCGGCGCGAACGCCGACCAAAUCAGACGAGUCGCCGUCUUGGCGGAAGAAGAGCUCUUCAAACGGACUUGGGAAGAUUGUUCGAAGAAGUAUGCCUUUGAUGUACGCACGCUGAGCUGGGUGGAGUCCUCGACGCUGGACGAGAAUCAGAAGAUUGGUGGGUUGAAGUACAUGAUCGAUGAGGGGCGGACGAACAUGAUUAAAGAUGCGAACGCCUGUAACAAGGCGGAGAAGAAGUUAACCAAGCUGGUGGGUGGCUAUCAGGCUCGGUCGAAGGGACUGAGUGAGAAAUUGCGAUCCAGGGUGGCCGAGUUGGAUCGCUACCAAAUCGAGCUUGCCAGUUUUGAAAGACUCGAGAUCAAUGAACAGGGCGCGGCAAGAAGACGACUGGAGAAGUUGGAAGAAGAGGUUCAAACGUUGACUCGCAGGGGUAGAGAAGGGCAAGAUACUUACAAAGAACUUGUAGAUGCCAAGGCUCUGCUUCUGGUCGAAGUUGAAGACAUGAAAGCCGAGAUAACGAUGCGAGAAGUGGAAGCGGCAAACGAAGCAGCAUUGGCAUGAAUGGUGUUUGCGGGGUCGUGAAGAGACUCAAUCGGGAUGUUUCUUUUAUCUUCUCUCCCUUGAAUCCAUUCAAAACAACAGCCAAAGGCCAGACUAUCGCUGGGUUCAGACAAACGAUCCAAUAUUGUAAUUAGCAGGGGAAAAAAAACUGAUGGGUCAAGUUUAAUAACCACCCUAAUGCUUAGCGAAAUGUAUUACUCUUGAACGCCGCAAGGAAUUGCUGUAGGAUGUUAUCUCAUUAGGUCCUGGGAUCUAUCUACCUUUUGACUUGGCG